GCGGCGGCGCUGCCUGUGCGGUGCGGGCUGUGUUAAUCCCGUGGGCUGCUCCUGCUACGAGAGGGACGGUAUCGCCCGGUAGCCACCCGGUCUCGUCCGCCGGCGGACCGCCGCCUGAAAGCUGAUCACACACCAGCUGAAAGGGUAGAGCUAAGUGCAGUUCAUGGCCCGGCAGGAGCUGGCGCGGGAGCAGGUUGUAUGGCACUUUACCCGUCUUGCUGCUUUGCUUCUCCGGCAGUCUGAAAGCAGUUUUUAAAGCACUUUUUUUGUGUGUGUGUGUGUGCCUUCCCAUCAGUGUCACUUUAUUGCAGCCUGAGAGAAAUGCAGGCACGUAGAUCUGAGGAGUUACAAGUGGAAAUGAGUGAUGAAGAAACUGCUGUGCUACGUUGCUGGAGAUGUAGAAAAUACAUAGCAAAUUCUGUUUGUCUUAUAAAACAUCACGGAAAAGAACCAUCUAAAACACCUCAGUAUUCAGCUGCUGCUCAGGAGACUUGCAACAUAUGGCAUUUGAACUUGGAAGCCAUUCCAGAAUGGGUGAAAUGUGUUAUUGAAAAGGCACAGUGGACAAUUGGAAAACUACACUGUCCGUUCUGUGAGGCCCGCUUAGGGGGCUUUAACUUUGUUUGCAACACAAAGUGUUCGUGUGGACAGUCUGUAAAUAUACACUUCUGCAAGAGUCGAACUGACUAUCAGCCAGCUUUCUCUGUUAAAUUGGCAACACCAUCAGCAAAACGCUUACCGCUCUGCAAAACUCGAUCUGAUUUUAACAAGGAUCCCCACUGCAAACUGGUGACUGCAACUUUGGAAAUCAAAAAUCAAAGGUUUUCAUACAUGGCCAGAAAUAAUAAUGGUAUUGGAAGAUUAAUAGAAGCACUUUGUCUGGAAGUAAGAUCACCUAGUUUUAAGAUGAAGGGCAAAAAACUUCCCUUAAAGACAUUCAAUCAAAGAAAAAAUCUUUCUGCUGCCUGGUCUAUGAAUGAUGCAUGCACUGUAGAAGCUUUUCACAGAAGAUCACAUAGUUUGGAUUUAAGUAUCAGAGAGAGGCUUAUUUUGUUGCCUGCUUUAUGUGGAACUUCCAGUGUGGGAAAUAUUUGUCAAGGACAAAAUGAAAAUCCAGCUGUUUAUACAAGAUGUGACUUGCAAUUAGAGUCCAAUCAGAAAGAUGAUACUGCUUCCAAUCAGAAAGAUGAUACUGCUUUUCAGGACCGAUAUAGUUCAAAUGCAGAUGAACUACAGAGAAGGUUUCAAGCUAUUUCCUUUAACACAUUAGUACAUAGAGCAACAGAAAGCCAAUGUGAUUUUGAAGCUACUGGGCAAUAUUCUGGGAGUGCCCUUGCUGAUCAGUCACCUUUUGUGAUGAACCUUUCUCCAUCUACAAGUGCUGUAGAAGAGGAACAGUACAUCACACCUGUUGGUCUUAUGCAGCCUGCAAGUAUUUCCUCCAACCAAAAGCUGAGUAAGAGAGAAAGAAACAAAUUGAAAAGCUUAAGGAGAAAACAAAGAAGGCGAGAGCGGUGGCUGCGGAAGCAGACUGCAACAGAUAACCUGCAUACAGACGAUGAGCAUGAAUUCAGAGGAGAUAAAGAAGGCUAUAUCUGUGCAGUGUGCCUGGAUGUUUAUUUCAAUCCUUACAUGUGCUAUCCAUGCCACCACAUCUUUUGUGAACCUUGCUUAAGGAUGCUUGCCAAAGACAAUCCAGCCAGCACUCCAUGUCCACUGUGUCGCACUACAAUUGCCAGAGUCUUUUUCCAAACAGAACUGAACAACUCUACCAAAUCUUUUUUUCCUACGGAGUAUUUGAAAAUAAAAGAAAGUUUUCAAAAAUCAAAUUCUGCAAAAUGGCCUCUACCAAGCUGCAAGAAAGCUUUCAGAGUUUUUGAAGCAGGUUUUCAAAGACGCUCAGCUACUGUAACAAGGAGGCAUUUUCCCCAUGCUGCUCACAGGAUGGACUACAUGGACUUUGAGGAUGAUAGCCGCGGAUGGCGGUUUGAUAUGGACAUGGUGAUAAUCUACAUUUAUUCCGUCAACUGGGUAAUAGGAUUUAUUGUGUUCUGUUUUCUUUGUUAUUUCUUUUUCCCUUUUUAGUUUGUAUUAAUUACAGUUUAGAGGAACAGCAUCCAUGUGAAGCACGAAAAUGUGAACAGAAACAACCUAAAGAAGGCAAAAUGUUUGACUUUGCAUUUUGAUCAUUAAGAAUUGUAAUAGACUGCAUCAAGCAUGCUGUGAGGCUAUUUGCUUGAUAGUUCUGCUAUAUGCGACUAAGUAAUUGAGUUUGGUUCCAAAUAUAACAUGAGAUCCAAAUCAUACUUACUACAGUGGGAGUUUUGCCAUGAUUCAGAUGGGAGAAGGACUAUACCCCAAAUGUAUAAAGUAAUUACUCUGUAGAAAUAUACAGUACUAUUUGUUCUUAGGGAAGUUCUGUCCAUUAAAACAGAACAUGAUCCAUAAAGUCAUUUUCAGAGUUGACUAUUGGCACACUUUGCAACCUUAAGCAAGUCGUCUCACAGGUGCUUCGAUUCCUCAUGUUUAAAAACCAAUGAAGCUGCUCCCCUUUUAUAGUCGGAUCUUUUGGGCACAACAGAUUAUAAGCACUGCAGUGCUGCACUAUGCAUUAUAUAGACAUUUAUUAGAGCUCUUUUAACGGCAUAAACCAAAUUUGGGGAAACUUUGACAACUGACAGACCUGUCAGCAUUCUGCUGUGGGGAUGUGCUGUGUCAGUGCCUGAUAUUCUGAGCCUGCUAACUAAGGAGAGAAAAGAUACUGCACAGUUUGCUAACAGUUCAUCUUUUCAGCAAGUGGCAAUCAGAAUGAAUCAACUAACUCCAAGUACUGCACACUAAGGGGACCUUUUUGCACAGAUUUCCAGAGUUGCACUAUACCUUUUUUACCUAUCCAGGCGACUGCCUCUGGAUCUAGGAAGACACAGAGCUAAAGGAAGACAAGCUGCAGGCUUGCUGGCUGUGGUGCCAUGAGACACUAACCCCAGUAAAUACAGGAAAAAGAAGUGUUCCCCAUUUUUAAUUCAGCCUGUGCAUGGCUGUAUGGAAUUCACAUCUUCUUCUAAUUACUGUAACAAUUUGAGGAUACUCCUAAGUGUGGGCUCAUCAGUGCUGUGUGUCUCCAAGAAAAUCAUGAAAGAGGACACAGUAUUUAUUUGCACCUUUUAUGUAAAUGGACUUUAAAGCACUUUAUAGUUUGUGUAUGUAAAGAUCACAGAGUUACAGUACCAAACUGCAGUCAGUUCAGCAUUUGGUCCAUACUUGCUGCUUUACACAGUUCUUUUCAAAUGAAAAUGAAAGAACUUCUUUAAAUGAUAAGAGGGAUGUCAAAAACUUGCAGAAGUCAAGUGCCAAAGAAUGGUACAAUGUAGUUAAAUAGCUUACUGUUCAGGCGAGUACAAGGAAGGGGCAUAAUUCUAUAAAGAGCACUGCAGUUUGAUCUAGAAAAGCAUGUGCAUAUAUGUAUGUCGUUCCUUUGGUAUCAGGAUUUGUGUGGGAGACCUGUGGUUUUUCAGUAGGUGGUGUACUCCCCUGUUCGAGUAGAGGACAAAGAGAAGUGUGUUAUGGAAGCUGCCAUCUGCCAAAUGUGAUGGAAUGGAAUGAAAUCAAAGGUUUUAUCAGUGUGCUUAACAUUAAGCAUGUGCUUAUGCUGCUUUGCUGAAGCAGGGCCAGCAAACUCAGUCUCGUAUAGGCUAUGAAGCGAUCAGGACCAGACACUUUUAUUUAAUCUGAAAAACAGCAGUAAAUCUGCUACUUGGUUUUCCUUAUAGGCUGCAAAAAAUAAUUCUCUCUUUGAGAAUAUAUGUGCAGAAUUAAAAAUUACCAGUCUAGUGACAUUAAUUGAAGUAAAUACUUUCCACCAUCAUUUCUUUAAUCUACACAAACUUAGAGGAAAUGUAGUAAUUUAAAUUCACCAUCACAGUGUAAUCAUUGUCAUGAAAGAAAUAAUUUGUAUGUAAUUACAGUAUAUCCAGUUACUUCACAUAUAAGAGAUUGGCUCUGUUACUGGUGACAUUAGGCAUAGUAUUUUGUAAGUUUAAGGUGUGAUAAAGCUUAUGGCAAAUUUCUUCUUUAUAUUGACAUAAACAAGUCUUUAAAAUCUAGUUUUUUAUUGUCAUAGUUUCAUGUUUUGCUACAUCUAGACAUGCUCAAAAAUUAUCAAAAAUUCUAAACAUUUUUCUCAUCUAUGCCACGACUGGGAUUCUAGCUGCAUUUUUUUGUUUGUCUGUCUUUAAUUUUAUUAGCUUAUUGUUCCUAUCUCAGCAAAGAGAGGGACUAAUUCACCUGGUCAGCCAAAUUGCUUCUAUCUUAUGAUCUCAUAAAAUAUUAAAAUAAAAUGUAUCUUAAAAAAUUACUUUAACUGACAUACUGACAGUCAGAAACUCUGAUAAUAAUUUAAAGUAAUUUAAUUUAGGAUAUCUGAUGAAGUAAUAUCCUUAAGUUAAUGUUCCAAAAUAUAUUGUCACAUAAGAUACAUAAUACAGAUUUCACUAAUUGUAUACAAAUAGAAUUACUUAUAUUAGUUUUAAUAGCAUGUUACUAUGGGUUUAUUCUGAAAAAGACACGAAGGAGAGUCAAAAACCCAAUGUGAUACUGGCCCCUUUUGUACAUUUGCAGCAAGAAUUGAUAACUGAGGAUGGCUACAUUUUCCUAAAUUUAGUCAGGAUAACAAUUUUGUAUGGCAUUUCUAACUGCGUAGCCAUAUCGUUCUCCGAGGUAUUAUCAGUAACAAUUUCUUGGGCUGUACUGUUUUACUUUAUAUUGGUUGUUAUUAAUUCCAAGGGGCAGUUAGUUUAAAAAGAUAGCAAAGGCACACAAAUAAGACUGUUGCAACUUUUUUCUUAAGGAGAAAGUGUAGAGAGAUUGUACUUUUUUUUUUCCUUUAUUGCUCUUUUGAAUAAAUACUUUUGUAAAAAUACAGUAAGAAUUUGAAGGCUCUAACUUUGUUUCCGUUGAAUUCUGCCAGUAAUAGGCUGUUGGUAUCUGUGGGAACAAGAGUUGGUCCUUUGUAAGCAGUUUUCUGGUUAAGAAGUUGAUCCUGCUUGCAAUCUCUUCUUUCCUAGCUACAGUGGUACUAAAAUGUUUCCAGUAAAAUUUUGGUUGUUUGUAAUAUUUUGCAGCCAUUUCAAUGGCUUCUUCUUGGUGGAAUUAAAUUUUAAUAUUUUUUCAAUCA